UUCUGAUCUUCAUCAGGGUCGCCCCUGACAACGGUAGUGGGAGGGGCGUGACCUCCUCCCGUCUGGGGCGCCAGCAGGGCAGAGCUCAGGCGAGGCCCCCUUGGUUCCUGAUGUGACCCCCUCCCCCGGCUGGGCGCUCCAGGCCAUGGCCGACACCAUCUUCGGCAGCGGGAGUGAUCAGUGGGUCUGCCCCAAUGAUCGGCAGCUUGCCCUGCGAGCCAAGCUGCAGACGGGCUGGUCUGUGCACACCUACCAGACGGAGAAGCAGAGGAAGAGCCAGUGCCUCAGCCCGGCUGAGCUGGAGGCCAUCCUGCAGGUCAUCCAGAGGGCCGAGCGGCUAGACGUCAUGGAGCAGCACAGGAUCGGGCGGCUGGUGGAGCGGCUGGAGACCAUGAGGCGGAACGUGAUGGGGAACGGCCUCUCCCAGUGUCUGCUCUGCGGGGAGGUGCUGGGCUUCCUGGGAAGCUCGUCGGUCUUCUGCAAGGACUGUCGGAAGAAAGUCUGCACCAAAUGUGGGAUCGAGGCCUCCCCUGGCCAGAAGCGGCCCCUGUGGCUGUGUAAGAUCUGCAGUGAGCAGAGAGAGGUCUGGAAGAGGUCGGGGGCCUGGUUCUACAAAGGGCUCCCCAAGUACAUCCUGCCCCUGAAGACCUCUGGCCGGGCCGAUGACCUCCACUUCCAGCCUUUGCCCCUGGAACCCGCAGAGCAGGAACCCAGAAGCACUGAGACCAGUCGUGUCUACACGUGGGCCCGAGGGAGAGUGGUUUCCAGUGACAGUGACAGCGACUCCGAUCUCAGCUCCUCGAGCCUGGAUGACGGACUCCCGCCCACUGGAGUCAGAGACUCAAGAGGUGACAAAGCCUGGGGAGAGUCAGGUGGCAGGGUGGAGUCACCCAAGAUGGGGCUCAGCCGCCCCCCAAGCCACCUCUCGGGAAGCCAGAGCAGCCUGGCCAGCGAGACUGGGAUGGGCUCUGCAGACCUGCAGGGGGGCAGCCCUCCCUGGCCGGACCCGAAGGGCGCCGGCAAAAGGCACACCUGGACAAGGCCCCUCUGAUGGUGUGGGCUCCGACGGUCCCCUCUGUCUGCUGUGGGCGGAGGCUUGUUUGGUGCCUGGAGCAGACUUUCCAGUGGAAGAGUUUGAGAGAGAGAGAAAGCCAGAGCCAGGUCCUUCCCGGCUCCUUCCUGACUCGCCCUCAGCCGGCCAGCCCUGUGGACAUGACCUCUGACUCAACAAACCAGUGUUUGGGGGGCUGAGUCUGCCUCCCCCACCCAGUGCCUUUCUGCACCCCUUCUCUCCUGGGUGCCCUCCUCUCCCCACCCCUAGCCGUUCCACUCAGCCAUGACCUUAAUUUAUUGUCCUUUCCCCUGCCCCCACUCCCAGGCUACCCCAUUUUCAUUUUAAGUUUGCACGUGUCUGGCGUUUGACUGGUAGGGAAGACCCAUCUUGUGGGGCUUUCUCAUAUGCACUGCAGUUUCAGAGGGGGCCAGGUGGGGUCUCUCCAUAUUUGUGUUAAUGGAAGAAGAACUCCGACCCUGAGCAUUUACCCUUCAGAGCUGGACUUGGCCCCUGGAGUUGAGCGGUGGAGCCCAGAGCAAGGGGAUGAGAGAUCUGCCUGCCUUUUCCCUCUCCCUGCCUCUCUGGGCCGUGGGAGCAGCGUCCCCACUUCACUCGGGGCCGGCCCAGGGGCUGCUGUAGAAGCCUGGCUCUUUGUUAGGUUUCUUGGGAUCCCUCCCUUGGCCUCCCCAGGUUUUGCUCAGCUGGUGGAGCUGGGAAGGUUCUGGGGAAUACUGUGAAUUCCCUCCUUAAAGAGCAGCCUUCGGCUGAGUCCCCAGCCAGGAUGUGGCCCCCCCAAGCCAUUAAUUCACUUUUCUUCAGGAGGUUUGGUUUGGCAUGAAAAGUGUGUAAUUCAGAGUGCAGCCAAAUGCUUCUGGAAAACCCUUUCCUGAAGAGAAAGAGAGAGUGUGUGUGUGUGCAUGUGUGUGUUGGUGUCCACACCCUCCCGUCCUUCUUGCCCCUCCUUCCACGCCUCCCCGUACCCCGUCCUCGAAGGGCCUUCUUCUCUGCAGGCUCCCAGGCCCCCACCGUCAGCAUUUUUGCCCUUGCCACUGGCAGACGGUAAAGACACUCACUGUUUCCCUGUGGCAAGUUAUGCUUCAGAAUAAAAACAAUAAAGAUUAGA